GGGGUUGAAAACAGGCAAGCAAGUCAGGCUCGUGGAAGGACAGAUUUGAUAUCAUUAUGUAUAGAUUAAUUCCCCGGACUUUAUGCGUCGCUCAAAAGCCAAAAGCGAAGUUAUCGGGAUCGCGUAUUUUGCCAGCAAAUUCGGACACGGCUACAGCUUCAAUUUUCAGGUUGUCCACUGUGUGUACAGCUAAAUACCUCAGCACAAAUUCAACCAGGUUAUGUGAAAAUAAAAACAGUGUUGGCAACUCCAACAAUGAAGACCCCACAGAAACCCAAACAGUCUGUAAACAACAAACUACAGAGCCCAGUGACAUCAACCAACAGGAUGAGCAAAAUAAUAGAGGUAACAUCAAGAAGAUGGAUGUAAUAAAUGGCAAAGAUGGUGCUGCUAAGGGAAAGGAAUUUGACACAACCAAAAGUGGGAAGGAGAGUCUACUUGAUCUUCUGGGAGCCAUGAGGGUGGACGUCACCAGCAAGAGGCUUAAACAUGUGAAAAUUAAGCCAAGUGUUUCCACUCCUAACACAAGGCCGAACGCAAUGGAGCGCACCGUUAAUAUGUUUCAAGAGGCUUCAGUUGAGGCUUCAUCUAAGAGUCACACCCUGGAUCCGGAACUAGUCUCUGCUGCCUCUGCUGCUGCCUCCACUCUUCCUAACCGCAUCCAGGCCGAGUCUGAGCUGCUCAGCCAGCUGAGGCAGCAUGAGGCUCUUACCGAGGCAAACAAAAAGGGGGACGUGAAUGACCUAGGCGUGAUUCUAGCUGACAUGAAAGUGUCAGUGGGAAGUAAUCCCAACAGACAGAACGCCCGGCCGGCCAAUCAGAUCCGGUUUGAUGACGAUGGGCAGGGCUACAAACCCGACAGAGGAAUCACUGCAGAGCUGGACAGCGUUCGCAUGAAAAGGAACUUGUUCACUGGAAAAAGACUUAACAUCUUUUCCCUCAUUCCUGAUGAUGAUAGAGUGACGGCAACAAUUGCACGCCCAACCAUAUGGGACGUGGACUUUGCUCACCAACUGUCUUCGUCGGCCAACCAAAUGCCCCAGAACGCCUUUGAGGAGAUGAUCCAAUGGACCAAAGAGGGUAGACUGUGGCAGUACCCAAUUAACAAUGAAGCAUGUUUUGAGGAGGACGCCAGCGUGCCUUUCUAUGAGCAUGUCUUCCUUGAGAAGCACCUAGAGGAGGGCUUCCCCAGCCAGGGACCGGUACGUCACUUCAUGGAGCUGGUGGUGAUCGGUUUGUCCAAAAACCCCUAUCUCACCGUCCAGCAGAAGAAGGAGCACAUCUCCUGGUUCAGAGACUACUUUAAUCAAAAAAAGGAUGUCCUCACUGAGGCUGAAGUUUAUCUUACUUAAAUUUGAACAAUUUAAGAUGUUUGUUUUUUAUAGUUUCCAUGCCCCUUAACUAUAAGCAUCCCAAUCCAACCUUCCUCCUGUUAAAUUAACAUUAACACAAUACUGUAUGUGAAGGAAGUGAAAUGAUGCGCUUGUACAAAAUAUAUAAUUGUAAAACUCUGA